AUGCACAAGAGCGCGUUAGGUUCCACGUUGGGCCCGGGAGGCCUCGACCUAAUUCAGGCCUUCUUCAAGCCCAUCCUCAAUGUUUUAACUCCCUCUACGAGCAAGCAACACACCAAGAUCUCUGUCAUCGGCGUUGGUAACGUUGGAAUGGCCAUCUCGCCGACCAUCCUCACCCAGGACCUCACCGACGACCUCGUCCUCGUCGAUACCAACACCGACAAGCUCCGUGGCGAGAUGCUCGACCUAGUGCAUGCCACCGCCUUCCUUCCCAGUACCAAGAUCCACGCCUCCACUGAAUCUUCCGUCACUGGCGGUGAUGAUGCCGGCUCCGAACUCUGCAUCGUCACCGCUAGUGCCCGCCAAAUCGCCGGUGAGUCCCGCCUCAACCUGCUCGAGCGACCCAAUUGA